AUGAUUUCAUUCUUUGGUUUUAUUUGUUUCCGUGCCUGCGGAUUUGCCAAGAAUAUUGGCUGGAUUCGCGUCGUCUUCCAUGUUCCAUGGCGGAUUCUCUGGGCGCGCGAUUGCUUGCCGCGAAAAUUGCCAUUUUCACAGCACGGGGACGCGGUCGACAGUCAACGCCUCCCGACGAGUGACAUCAUGUCGUCAAUGGCAACCACUUACACACUGUGGCGCUCUCUCCGUGGCGCUGUCGCGACCUUCCAGAACAAUAAUGAAGGAACUCCCUCUCCUCUCCUUCCCACGUUUUCUCGAACGCGCUUAUGCGCGCCCUCGGUCGUGGAUAACACCCAGCCUCCCGCCAUGCCACGAUUUGAUCAUGGCGGCUGGGGCUGCGGCGUCUAG